AUGGAGGUGUUUGGUGACUUCAAUCUGAUAUUAAGACAGAUUCAGGGUGAGUGGAAGACUAGAGAUGUGAAGCUUAGGCCUUACCAUGCAUACUUAGAGCUAUUGGUUGGGAGAUUUGAUGAUUUGAGAUAUACACAUCUGCUUAGAGCGCAAAACCAGUUUGUUGAUGUCUUAGCUACCCUAGCUUCCAUGAUUGAUAUUCCUGUUGAUACCAUUGUUCGCCCUUUACUAAUUGAGUCGAGAUCUGUUCCUGCCUACUGUUGUUUGGUUGAUGAGGCAAAGUUUGAUGAUGGUUUGCCUUGGUACCAUGACAUAUACCAGUUUUUAAGAUUUGGUGCAUAUCCUGAGACCUUCACGACUAAGGAUAAGAGAGCAUUGAGACAGUUAGCCACCUAA